GCUUUACCUUCUGUCAAUAUAGCAUAGGUAUCAGUUACUAAUGCAUAACUGAUUAUUACAACAGAGAUACGAUGUUACUGCGACAUUUGCUGGUGUAUAACUUUCAUAUUGACAAUGUAAAACGUUUCAACUAAAAUCUCCCUUUAAAAGCAUUAAUAUGAACUGUGUGACUAGAGCGCUGGCAUUCAGCUUGGUGCUCCAGACAGUGCUGUCUACAUAUAGAUACCACACUAUUUUGGACACGGGUGGACAACUGUCCUUGGACUGGGAUGUGGAUAAUGUACAACAGCAGGUUAGGUUUCGGUUGAAGGCCAAGGUUGACCAUCACAGAAACCAGUGGUUUGGUCUAGGAUUCUCGGACUAUGGUAUGACUAAUGACGCUGACAUCGCUAUUUAUUGGGAGAAUAAUGGAGUACACCACUUCCAGGAUUGCUGGACGGACGAUCGUGGCCAACUGCAUGUCGACACUCACCAGGACUUCGUUUUGAUAUCAUCAUUUACAGAAAGGCAUCAGCGCAUUCUAGAGUUCCAAAGACAAUUCGAUACAUGUGAUGUACACGACUAUAUCAUAGAGAAUGGUACGACUCAUAUAUUGUUCUUCAUUGGCGAGUCUAGUCCACAGAAAUUGGAGGGCGUGUCACUGUCUGACCUAGGGGUUAAGAUCACUCGGGUACAGCUUCUCAAACCGGACAUACCUAUCCCAGUGUACCCAAGUGACACCUGGACAUUUGAAGUCACUGCUCCCUCGAUCACUGUUCCUGAUAAGGAUACCACAUACUGGUGGUAUCUCACACGGCUUCCUCACCUGUCUGAAAAACACCAUAUCAUCAAGUACGAAAGCGUCAUUCAGCCCGGAAGUGAACAUCUAGUUCACCAUAUGGAGGUAUUUCAGUGUGAAAUCGGUCCCGACGACGUCAUCCGACCUUAUAACGGGCCCGGAAUGGCGGAGGGAAAGCCUCCAGGACUGUCAGCCUGUCGGAAUGUUAUAGGAGCGUGGGCGAUGGGAGCAGGACCGUUUAUAUUGCCCCCAGAAGCCGGAACUCCUGUUGGUGAUAAAUCGUCCUCUUCCUUUAUCCUGCUAGAGAUUCACUACAAUAACCCUAAUAUGGUCAAAGGGAUGGUGGAUUCGUCUGGAAUAAGAUUUUACGUCACGCGACAUUUGCGUCGCCAUGACGCCGGAAUUAUGGAGCUUGGAUUAGAAUACACAAACAAAAUGGCCAUUCCUCCGGGUCAGAGGUCAUUUCCGCUUACUGGAUACUGCAUUGCCGAAUGUACAUCAUUGGGACUUGGACAUCAUGGCAUACAUAUAUUCGGGUCACAGCUACAUACUCAUUUGACUGGAAGGAAAGUCUACACCAAACACGUACGCGAUGGGGUAGAAUUACCAGAACUCAACCGGGACAACCAUUACAGUCCACACUUCCAGGAAAUACGUCGUCUUCCGGUUCCGGUGGAGAUUCGACCGGGCGAUGCCUUGGUGACGACCUGUGACUACCAUACCGAGGACAGGCCAAACGUUACAGUGGGAGGGUUCUCUAUCAAGGACGAGAUGUGUGUCAACUACGUGCUGUAUUAUCCCCGAACCAACCUCGAAGUUUGCAAGUCAUCCGUACAAACAUCCAGUCUCCACAAAUUCUUCGGAUUCCUCAACGAGUGGGAUAAGGAGGGGACAUCGUGGAGGAAGGGUGACCGGGAAAACUACAAUUCAAUCCGGUGGUCGCCCACCACUACCAGGCUUCUGUUGUCUCUGUACGACAUGGCACCACUCUCAAUGCAGUGUAAUAAGUCCGACGGCUCACGCUUCCCGGGGGAAUGGGAAUCAGCCAAAAAGACAAGGAUACACCUACCUCUCCCAAAGCCAAAAUCUCGAUGUCGCUCGAGACGUCUGUUUACCUGAUAUGAUCCGGACAAUUGAAACAUCAACUUGUAAACGUCAACACAACGCAGACAACACAAUCAAUGAUCAAAUAAAAAA